GCGCCAGGAGGAAGCUCUAGGGAUGCAGAUGCUCUCUAGUCACGGCAGGGCCAGCAGAGCUGGGGCUCCAGCUCAGGUCUUCACCAGACCCUCAUAUCUAACCACAGCCUCCCGAGUUCCAGCUACCCCGACCUGCCCAGCCGCAGCCUCCACUCCUGUCCUGGGGCCCUGGGGGCUGAGCGUGGGAUGAGCGCAGACAGCUCGCCCAGGGGACCCUGUGAGAAGGAAGCCUGGGUGCCCCAGGAGAGCCACGCACUCCCUGAAGGAAGAGCAGGCGGGGAGUGUCACUCCCUAACCUGGAGCCCCAGGGCUCAAGGAUGGAGGUCCGCAAAUGUCACACUGUGGGGAGACAGGAGCUGGAGACCCUCGCCAACCCCUCCACCAGCCCCAUCCCCCAACUCCUCGGGCACCUUCCAGCUCCACAGCCCUGUCCCCAGGCGCCUGCCACCCCUCGGAGCCGUUAUCUGGCCCCAGGAGCCCGCACUGAAUGUCUGCAGCCUCCACCCCAGACAUGGCACGCCAGGAAGACAGGGCAGGCCCAGCGUCCGCCUGUGCAGCGCUUGGGCCAUGGCUGGGAAGGAUGCCGGGGUUUGUGGUGGCCUUGGCUGGCUCUCAGAUGACUUUGAGGAGCUGGCAAGUCUACAGGCUCCUCCUAGCAGCUGGCAUCAACUCCGUGGCUUCCUCCCUCCUCGGAGCUCAGGGGCGACUCGGCCCCGGGUGCCCGCAGGGCCCCUUGCUCAGCGCCUGUCCAGCAAAUGACAGCCCAACUCAACACACGCCCGCAAGCCUGAGGCACCGCGCCUUCCCCAGGGGCAGUGCCCACCGGGGCGUCUCAGGCGAGCUCCAAGGGCACCCAGCUGAACUGGCUCCACCUGGCUCCUCUCUGAGUCACAGUGUUUUCCAGGAGGGGGGGUGUUCUGUAACAAGAGAGUUGACUGAGCAAAGGAGCUCCUUCCUACCGCUUACCAAGACAGACUAGAGCCGCCGCACACGCCACCGCACACGCCACUGCACACACCACCGCACAUGGAACAAAGACCUGUGUCCUGGCUCUGCCCUCCCCGGGCCACGCAUCCCCUCCUGUCCAGCCGCCAGGCUCCCUGGACCUCCCGUCUCCACUGUCCUGGGAGGCAGUCCCCGCCUCGCUCUCCUCCCAGGCCCCAUGAAUCAGGCCGCCAAGGGGGCACUGAGGCCCCCAACUGGCGUGACCUCGCCUGUCCCCCUCCCUGGGCGGCUGCAGCUCAGUGGCCACCAUCUUCCCACCGUUGGGAAUGUCCUGCAGCAGAGUGGCUGGGAGAAGGCGGGGAGGGUGGGGAGGACACGUGGAGCCCCCGCCAGCCAUUCGCAGGGCUGAGGAGAGACAGUGCGUGGGUUCCUCUGGACGUGGCACUUAGAGGCCAUGGCUGUGCCAGGGACAGUCUGCCCACACAGGGGCCAAUGGGGUAUGGCGGGCACUGGGGGGCAUCAAGGGUGUGCUGACCACACCUGUGGGUGGGCAGGGUCCGGCCUCACAGGUGGUCCCAGGAAGGCUCCACAUCUGGCUGGCCCAGCAGGAGCACUGACUGCCUUUCCCAGCUGUUUGACCCCAUGUGUCAUGUUUUUUCAUCUCUAAGAUGAAGUUGAGGAGGGAGGAAAUGGGAGGAUAAGACACCCCGCUCCGCCCCAGCACGAGAACCUCCAGCUGGGGUGGGAGAGAGUCCACAGAACCCGGAGGAAUCAUGUGGCGGCCAUGAGCCUUUUCUUCUGAGUUUCAGAGACCCCAGGAAGAGUAGGGGGCUCAUCUGGAUUGGAGUCCCAAAGCCACGAUGUGCCACUUGAACGUGGUGGGA